CCCCAUCUCUCAGCUCUGGCAUUGUCCCCUCUGUGUUCCCCCAUCACCCAAAGUUGUCCCCUCCUUUCCCCAUGGCACUGUGUCCCCAUGCCCCCAAUCUCUGUGUUUGCCCCCCCCGCGCCCCCCAUCUGCGUCCCCACGACCCCCAACUCUCAGUUUCCCCCCCACAUCCCCACGUUUCCCCCCCAGGCUCCAUGGGUGAGAAGAUGGAGCUGCGCCGCGCCGCGUUCCUGGCCGUGCCCCCCGACUGCUUCAUCGCUUCCUACACCCACGGACCCCCCCCCGGCGACCCCCCCCCGCCCCACACGGCUCUGGGUCGCUAUGGGGCGCUGGUGGCCUGCAGGGUGACGCAGCGGGGGCUCAGCCCCGAUCCCACGGCGGUGGGCAGGAAGGUGGCGCAGCACGUGGUGGGAAUGGCACCGCUCAGUGUGGGCGGCGAUGGGGACGGGAUGGGGGGCGAGAGGGGGGGGGAGGAGGAGGAGGAGGAUGGGGAGGAAGAGGAGACGCGGCUGUUGGCGCAGAGCUUCGUGCUGCAGCCGUCGCUGACGGUCGCGGAGUUCCUGCGGUCCCACGGGGUGACGGUGCUCGAUUUCGUGCGGUUCCAGUGCGGGGAGGAGGAGCGGGGCUGAGGGGGGGGAAGGGGGUGAUGUGUGGGGCUGAGGGGCUGUGGGGG